GAGCUUAAAGCGGUACGACGCUUGAAAACUGUGCGCAUUUGGAAACAGUGGAAAUUUAGAAAUUUUUUAACUUUAUACGAGUACUUUUGAAGAAAUUCCCUGAAUAAAAUGUGAAGGGAAGUGUGACCAAUGGAAUACAGAGUGAAAGAAGAUAAGCAAAUAGCUGAAGAAAGUUAAAGCUACGGAAGAAACAGUUCUUCUCGAAAUACAUAUCAAGCAUGAGGACGUAUCAAAUAUUUCGUUACCCUCUCUGGGCUACUCUCUACUGCUUAAUUUAUAUAGUUUUAUCAGCUGACGAAGAUUUGGCUGACUUUGAUUUUGCCAAUCCCAAAGAAAUCGAUUGGAAUUAUGAUACUGAACAAAUUGCAGACCAAACACAUAAUACUGCGGGGCAAAGUUAUAUAAAAUCAUCGGAAACAAUCGUUAAUUCUGAAGAGGAAAACCAAAUCUAUCCAUUCGAUUGGCGGGAGAAUAUUUUGAAAAAUGCUUUGUCGAAAGCAUUGACGAAUGCUUCAUUGCGUCAGAAAUUUGUUGAAGUUAUGCCGAUAUUACGAGUACUAUCAUCUCAACAGCGCCUAGCAUUGUCCGCCCUCAUAUCAGCACAAAUAAGUGCCAGAGGAAACAGUGGACUCAAAUUACAACAGGUUCAAAUGAUGUUCGGCAACGACGAAAAAUUGUUAUUGCCGAUUGUAUUUGAUAUUGCAAAUCUAGUACGCAACUCGGCACGCAAAUAUUUGGGCUUCGAACUUGACGUACCAACGCACAAGCCAAACGAGCAACAUAUCACUAUCGACCGGCGCAUUGACGAUUUAUAUACCGUAGAGUUGGCGGAAUUUGACAACAACACAAACAGCGAAUCGGCAUUAGACGACUUUUUCAGCGAAACUGGUGAGGAGAUGUUAGAUCCGCAAAGUAUAAAUGAGGAAUUACAAGCAGCCGCCAAUAAAAGAGCAGCGUCGCCUAUUAAAACAAAAAAUAUAAUUUCUUGGAACACAAAACCAACAAAUAUAAGUUCCACAAUAGCAUCCCCGAACCGAACUAAGCGGGAAGUUGUGUCGCCUGAGUUUGUCCACAAACUGGUUCGUUCAAUGCCACUUUCAAUCGAUAAAAACAACAAUAGUCCCGAUGGCCCCGAAAACAAUAUCAAACUAAACACGUCUGGCUUUUUUAGUUCCAAAGAUCUAAGUAGUGAUCCUUUUCCCGGUAGCACCACUACAAUGGAAACUUUUUUACCAAUAAAUGAAAACAAACAAGUUACCGGCAGUCAAUUGCCAUCUACACAGUCAUAUCAAGAAGUUGAGGAUCUCGCGUUUGCCAGUUUGAACGGAACGGCGGUUAAUUUGCAAGUCGCUACGGAAACGCCAAUUGCCGCUUUGGACGAACUAUUACCAAGUCCCGAGGAACUUAUAGCAGGGCCACGAUAUCGCAUUUCCAGCAAUAAAAUGCCAUCCGGCCGACCUAAACCACCAACUGUGAAACGGAAACGCGUACAAGUUUCGCGCAUGCGUUCAAAAAUAGCAGCACAGAACAGCAUUGGAAGAGGUGGCAAUGGUGUUGCACCACCAAAAAAAUGCGAACGGUUUACUUCCUCUAUGUGUAUUCGAACUGACGAUUAUCCGCUGGACCAGAUAAUGGGCAGCAUUCGACGGCACAAGAAUGCCAUGACAGCGCUGUGGGCAGACUAUCACGAAAAAUCUGCUCAGCUAGAUAUCACUGAUGAUUUCGAUGACUACUCCAUUCGUCGCCGAGAGGACGACGCUACUGGAGGUGGAAUGUGUCAAAGUAUUGUUCGAUAUGCGCGCCCUCAAAAAGCCCGCUCUGCUUCCGGAGAGUGGAAGUACAUAGUCAACACUGGGCAACAUACUCAAACCUUGCGGCUGGAGAAAUGCACUACGCCACAAGAGAGUUGUUCCUACUUGGCACGCAGUUAUCGCUCUCACUGUGCUCAGGUCUACAAUUAUCAUCGUCUUCUUAGUUGGGAUAAGACCAGAGGUCUGCACGUUGACAUUUUUAAAGUACCUACUUGUUGCUCUUGCCAAGUAGAUGGUUUCAGGCAGCAGUUUCCUCCCUUGUCUGGUAGCAAAGUAAAGGACUUCACUCCGGCGGUUGGUGCAGAAGUUUAUUCAACUAUAAAUGAGGAACUAGACUACAAUGAUGAUCAAGAUGAAGAUGUCAUAAAUUACCGAUUUAAUAAUGGUUUUAAAGGCAAACAUAAAAAACAUGACACUGGAUAUGACAACAACGAGCUACUGCUUGCUAGCCAAAGCGUGCGAGCCAAGCUUCUAUCCCCAAAUCCAACUCUCGGAUCAUAUUUGAGUCCACCCAGUGGUGAAGAAGAGUACGAAAUUUUUGACUAUAAGAAACAAAAACAUCACCAUCAGCAUUUCGGUUCUUCUUCUAGUGACUCGCCGGUAUCAGCUGCUAAAAAUGUAAUUCGGAACUCGGUACGUCGACGUCCUUAUACGAGCCUGGGUACAGCGAACGUAUACAACGAAGCACGAGUGGAUUUGGACUUUUCGCCAAGUGAGCUGCACCCGGAAAAAGAGGUAAACUUAUCUGGCGGCUCAUUGGCCAAUCCUAAUAAGCGAGUUCCACAAAAACGGCAACGUAUUCAUUCUGUGCCCCAUACAGCUACCGUCAGCACCUUAUUCACCAAAGCAGAAAAGGCGGGGCCAACCAUAUCUACCUUCGCAAGUAGCUUUCCAAUGGAAGUUGGAAUCACAACCCCGGCAACAACGACCGAUGCGCGUGGAGUUAUCGGAAAUCGAGGCAGUUAUGCCACCUAUCCCUACCAAACGUCAGCGCCGGGCUCCGGUUCCAAUAGAGUCUCUCAAACCCAAGCCAACAAUAGCAAAAUCACCAGCAGCGUUUAUAGGAAUAGACAAUUUGCCAGCAAUUCAGGGAAGAAGCAAAAGACGCGAUUCCGUUCAGCAACAGCAACUACACUUCCAGCACCGGCGGCAGCAGCAGAACCAUCCCCAAUCGAGCAUUCGAACCAGUGGAGUGUAUUCAAACAUAAACAAUCGCCGCCAGCGCAAUCCUCACGUGCUCCUCCCUACCAUGUAAACUCCGUUUAUCGUCCUGAAUAUGAUGCAAAGAAUGUUGGCAACGACAUCGAAAUUAGCUUAACUGAUUCACAAAACACGGUUCAGGCAUCAUCUGGCCCUGGCCCAAAACGGAUAAAUUAUAGCUAUCAUCCUAUUAUUGACUUUUUCGAAAAUCACAAAUACUCUGCAGCUGAGGCAAUAGACGAAACAAUUUCGGACAAGAGUCAAGAGGUUGCUGACAGAAAUGGGCAAAUUUUUCCCCACACGAUAACAAAGUACCAAACAUCAGAUCAAUCAAAAGAUAUAAGCAGCUAUCAACCCCAUGAGCGUCGUAUUGGUUUUGGAGCUAUGUCAGGAAGUGAAAAAAGUGGCAUAGUUUUGCGUGACAGAGCCGGUAGUAGUGUGGAGAGAAUUAACAAUUCGAAUACUGAUGACAAUACUUGGCAUCCGGUUGUCGUGAAGACGAUAGGGCUUUCAUAAUUACUCGAAUGCACUACAAACCGCAUCUGAAAGAUAUAUUGCCGAAUUUACAAAUAAGUGUGACUUUAAAAUAAUAAUUGAUAAUCUCUUACCCCAAUGCCAAGAAAUUGUUCGACAAAUGCUGCAUUAACUUCUAAUUUAUCACCAUACUCUCUGGAGGUGGGCACGGAACUAAGUAUUUAAAUCCAAUCCCGCCCAUCCCGAAAUUCGAUUUACAUAUCGCACACCGUCUUCAAAAGAGCGCAAUUCAAAAUU